AUGGCAGCUCUCACACAUGAAGAGCAGAUGGCCGAGGCCAGAAGCUUCAUGCAAUCGACAGCCCCUGUCCAAGCGCGUAAUCGCCCCCGAGGAGGCCGAGGAGGCGCUGGCAGAAGGGGCCAGGGAGACAGCCAUCCGGGCGCUCAGGGAAAUGGCCGUACAAAUGCCCAGAGAGGCGGCGGCGGGGCCGCACAAGGAGGCGGCAGCAGAGGCGGCCGGGGAGGCGGCCGCGCAAGCACCCAGGGGCCUCCUCGUGGCAGUGGUCCUCGCGGUAGCGGUCCGCGCAGUGGUGGUCCUCGUGGUGGCGGUCCUCGCAGCGGUGGUCCUCGUGGCGGGCCACCUGCCCGGCAUCCCUCGGCCGAGCCCAGCGUUUCCCAUGACGCUGCCAAGAGCGGGUCCACGGGACAAGAAACCGCUGCGGCUGCUGGCCCGCCUCCUGCUCCCCAGCAGCAGACGGCGGCCAUUGCGGCCAAACCCGCCGAAACCCUAAAGGCCAGGGAGGCGGCCCGCGCUGCUCCCGCGCCCACGGGGGUCCAAGUCGGUGCCCUGGCGCUGGCCGAGGCCGAGGGCGACGUCGACCUCCCGGCUCCGGUCGUGGAGUACUACCAGCCGGGCGGCACCUUCGUCGCGGUCGAUGGGUCCUCGGACCUCAUCGACCUGCACGAGGGCGCCUGCGCCUGCGAGAGGCGCAGGCAGGCCAAGGGGCUGGCCGGCUCCCGGUUCGCGGUCGCGAGUGUGGCGCCGAGCCACAACGAGGGCCGGUUCACGGGCAUCUGCCCAGUCCACGACAUCUACGAGGGGAUUUAG